CGUGCUCGCGGGGACAGCCGGGGGCGGGGCGCGCUGUGGGCGCGGGCGCGCGCGGCGGCAGCGCGUUCUGUUCCGGGCCGAAGCUCGCGGCGGAAAAGUUGCAGGGCGGAAAGGAUCGUCCCCCGGACGGGCAGCGAGCGCGACGUCGAGUCGGUUCCCGGCUCCCACAGCCCCGCCAUGGACGACCUCGACGCCCUGCUGGAGGACUUGGAGUCCACCACCUCCCACAUCUCCAAGCGGCCCGUGUUCUUGUCUGAGGAGACCCCCUACUCCUACCCAACUGGAAACCACACGUACCAGGAGAUUGCCGUGCCGCCCCCCGUCCCUCCCCCACCGUCCAGCGAGGCCCUCAACGGUGCGCUCCUUGACCCCUUAGACCAGUGGCAGCCCAGCGCCUCCCGGUUCAUCCACCAGCAGCCUCAGUCCCCGCCGCCUGUGUCCGGCUCCGGUGCCAAAACGUCCAGCGCCUGCAUCCCCCAGGACGGCGCCGGCCCUCCGUGUCCCCGCACCGGCGAGGAGGAACACGUCUACAGCUUCCCCAACAAGCAGAAGUCGGCCGAGCCUUCGCCUACCAUGAUGAGCUCCUCCCUGGGCAGCAACCUCUCUGAACUUGACCGCCUGCUGCUGGAGCUGAACGCCGUGCAGCACAACCCGCCGGGCUUCCCCACAGACGAGGCCAACUCCAGCCCCCCGCUGCCCGGGGCCCUCAGCCCCCACUACGGCGUCCCCGAGAAUAACAGCCUGCUGGGCAUCAAAGCCGGGGCCCCGAUGAAAGAGAAGCCGAAGCGGAACGGGGGCCGCGGCCUAGAGGACGUGCGGCCCAGCGUGGAGAGUCUCCUGGACGAGCUGGAGAGCUCGGUGCCCAGCCCCGUCCCCGCCAUCACUGUGAACCAGGGCGAGAUGAGCAGCCCGCAGCGGGUCACCCCCAGCCAGCAGCAGACGCGCAUCUCGGCCUCCUCUGCCACCAGGGAGCUGGAUGAGCUGAUGGCCUCCCUGUCGGAUUUCAAGACCAGCUCUUCGGCUGUGGCCUCGAACUCCCUGGGGCUGCUGCCCAGCUCAGCUCCGUCCUCACACCACAUACUUCCUUCUCCUUCUCCCCCUCCUCCUCCUCCCGGGCCAUCCAUUCCUAAACCCUCCCCUCGAGGCCAGGGUCACACCCCAGAGGUCCUCGGCGUUGAGGAUAAUGCUAAUGGAAAGGGCCUUUUGGCCCCAGUGGCCCCCAGUUGGCUUGAUCUGGCUGGCCUGGGGGUGACAGCUGGUUUUGGGGUGACACCUGACACCCCCAACUCAAGGUCUUCCUCUGCAGAGGGUUCUCUGGGGCCAUCUGGUGCAGAGAGCCAGGCUCAAGUGUGCAGGGACGUGCUAGCCCUCGCCAGUGAGCUCCCCAGGGCUCCCCCAGGCCCCACUCUACCCGGGGCUCAAUGCACCAGUCCCCCGGAGCCUGGAGACCCCCAAGGGCUGUCGGCCAACCCCGCAAACCCAGAGGAGGCCUUGGCUGCCACGCGGGAGCAGCUGUGGGCUCUGGGGGCACUCAGGCCCGAGACUCCCUGCGGAGCUGUGCCCCGCCUCCAGGAAGUAGCCGAGCCAGCGCUCGUGGCCGUAGACCGUCAGGCCGUCUUCCCAGAUACCUGGAGUCUCAUGGAGGAAGGUGGACAGCUGAGGGCGAGGCCAGGGCCAGCGGGGCCGGGGAGCAGCCGCCCUGCCCCAGUCAGUGAGGCGCAGUUAGGUGGAGAGGCGCCCACGAGGGGAAGCCCGGUCAGGCCAGCCCAGGGGCCCAAGACACACCGGAGGCCAGAGGGCACUGCCGAAGCUGCCACCGAGGCCACGAGGGAGCGGCCGGAGCUUCCACAGGCUGUGGUCGUGGACGCCCCCAAGACCACCGAGAGGAUCUCCACCUCUGGCCAGAUCCGCUCCGUGAUCAGGAGGAGCCGGGAGACGGGCCACGCGCACCCCAUGUCCCGGGAGCCCUCCCCUCGCCGCCGGCUGGACCCCGCCACCCUGAGCAGGAACCCUUCCCAGGAGCGGCUCAUCGCAGAGCUGCAGGGCCGGCUGGGCAUCCAGCCGGAGGCAGAGGGGGCCGCGGGGGCCUGCGCCGAGGACUGGAUGACGGAGGGCGUGGUCAUCACCGUGCAGCCUCGAGGGCGGCGGGCUGAGGGGCAGCUGGUAGAGAAGGUAGCAGGGAGGCGCCCAGGGCCGGGCCUGCGGCAGGGCAGCUGGCGGCCUGAUCCCUCCCCAGCUCUGGUGGUUUUUCCUCCCAGCUCUCCCAUUCCCCUGAGAAGAACCUUUCCUGUUCUGCCUCCUCCUCCUCCUCCUGUCCCUUUGCUCCAGCACGGCAGGGAUGCCGUGGCCAGCGGCUCUUCUCCCCCACCCAGCCUGCCCGCCCCCUCCGCCCCCUCCGCCCCGGGUCUCUCCGCGCUCCCCUGUCGGUCUCCCGGGGUCCAGAAUGCCGGGGCGGGGCCGCAGGAAGAUGGGCGGCGGCCCACCUCCCCGCUUCCUGCGCCCCGCACUGUGAGGUCCGUGGGCUGCCAGACCGACGAGGACCCGCUCUUCCCCCCGAUGCAGCCCCAGGGCCCGGAGCAAAGGGCAGACGGAGAGUUGUGCCGGGCGGCGGGCUGGCCUCCGAGCGGCAGGCAGAGCAGCCCCGAAGGGCGGCGCGAGGGAGGGUUCAUGUCCCAGGGGAAGACGGGGAGCAGCUCUCCCCCCGGGGGACCCCCAAAGCCCGGGAGCCAGCUAGACAGCAUGCUGGGGAGCCUGCAGUCCGACCUGAACAAACUGGGUGUCGCCACGGUCGCCAAAGGGGUCUGCGGGGCCUGCAAGAAGCCCAUCGCGGGGCAGGUGGUGACGGCCAUGGGGAAGACGUGGCACCCCGAGCACUUCGUGUGCACCCACUGCCAGGAGGAGAUCGGGUCCCGGAACUUCUUCGAGCGGGACGGGCAGCCCUACUGUGAAAAGGACUACCACACCCUCUUCUCCCCGCGCUGCUACUACUGCAACGGCCCCAUCCUGGAUAAAGUGGUGACAGCCCUGGACCGGACGUGGCACCCCGAGCACUUCUUCUGCGCCCAGUGUGGCGCCUUCUUCGGGCCCGAAGGCUUCCACGAGAAGGACGGCAAGGCCUACUGCCGGAAGGAUUACUUCGACAUGUUCGCGCCCAAGUGUGGCGGCUGUGCCCGGGCCAUCCUGGAGAACUACAUCUCGGCGCUCAACACCCUCUGGCAUCCCGAGUGCUUCGUGUGCCGGGAAUGCUUCACGCCCUUCGUCAACGGCAGCUUCUUCGAGCACGACGGGCAGCCCUACUGCGAGGUGCACUACCACGAGCGGCGCGGCUCGCUGUGCUCCGGCUGCCAGAAGCCCAUCACGGGCCGCUGCAUCACCGCCAUGGCCAAGAAGUUCCACCCGGAGCACUUCGUCUGUGCCUUCUGCCUCAAGCAGCUCAACAAGGGCACCUUCAAGGAGCAGAACGACAAGCCUUACUGUCAGAACUGCUUCCUCAAGCUCUUCUGCUAGGUGCCCUCGUCCCUGCAUCCGCCCCGCCCCCCGGCCCAGCCUCCCCAACUGCUACUGUGACCCAGAGGCCUCUCCCAGGCGUGAAGGGCCAAGCCCGACUGAAACUGGAACCCGUGUCCUCGGCUGUGCAGGGUGGCAGGGGGGCCUCAAAGGGCUCCACCUGCUUUCUUUCCCUCUGCCGGAGCCUCUGGGCCUCUCACUCCUCCUGCAGCUGCCCCCGGCUGCCGGCUCUUCCUCCUCCUCCCGGAGACCCGGUUUGCAGGGCCCCGCCCACAGACCCGCCCGGCCAGGCAGGGCCAGCACCCGCAGUGGGAGCCACCUCUUACUCCUAUUUCGGCAGCGGAGCCGGGGGUAGGGCAGGCAGCCCCCUUUGUGGGGGAGGGCCGAUGGGGUCUCUUUUUAUCUCUUUCCCUCUGACCAAAUCAUCCUUCUUCUGAGAGUAUCGGGGGACACUGCUCCCUCCAGACCAUGCCAGCAUAAGUCCGUCCGUCCGAGGGUCGAAGUGCCCCGGGACGGGGGCCGCGGAGGGUUCCUCGUGCUCCUCCUGCCGUUCCAGUCUCCCCAGGCCUGGACGACGGCCCCCCACCCUCCGCAACUGCUCAGAUUCUACUGAGACAGGCUUCUCCAGCAAUAAUGUUUUCUAGUCACUUCCUCCGUCCCUGGGGACGGCGUGGGCGGGGCGUUUCACCUCGUGCCUGGACACUGUACCGACUUUGAUAGAUUUCUACACUGAGGUUUGAAUUCAUAUCGUCCGAGUUGCUUUUACUUCCCUGUCCAAAUGAUUUUGAAGAGAUUUUAAAGACAUCAUCCCCUUUUUGUAAUCCCCUCCUCGUCCGUCGCCACCGGUGCUGUGGGCGACAGUGGCAGUGGGCCGGGGUGUGCCUCGUUGUACUGAGGGCUGGGGGCGGGGAAGCCAUUUGUAUUUUGUUUUUUCUCAGCAUAAGCAGGUGAAGCGGGAGCGGCCCUGAGGCUCCCCUCCCUUCACUUCAUGGCUCACCAGGACUGUUUUAUAAACUGCUGUAUUUUGAAACCCCUUCCUUACCACCCAGGCCAGCGAGCUCUUAACUGAAACUGGCCUAAGGGUGUCUUGCCCUUCUGAGCCUAGGAUUGUUGAACCUCAUCCAUCAAGUUCCUGAGGGAGGAGAAGGGGGAAGUAUAAUACUUUGGGGGUGCUGUUUUCGUCUAAGCCAUUAGGAGCGUCUGUUCCCCUGUGACCUAAGGAACCCACCGAACAUUCUUGGCCUCCUCGCCACUUCUGCGCGGCUCCUUCCUCCUCCUCGGGAAAGCUGGUGUCUAACCCUGAACGUUGGUCUUGUUGAUUCCACUGGGCGUCUCUUCCCCCAAGGUUCCUGCCCUCCUUGGAAACCGGAGGUCUGGGGAAUGGGGCCCAGGUUGUUGCGAGGGAGCGUGAUAGGAUUCCGGGCAGACGGCCAGGAUCCCGCUGAAGCCAUGGGAAGCCCCUGGAGCUUUCUCCGCUGAGGAUGAGGCCGCAACCGGCAGGCCCGGGGUUCCUGGUCAGCAGAGAGGGGCCCCGGUGGGGUCUAAAGUGAGGACAAUCCAGACUACUCUGCUAGCCUCCCGGCAGAGGCCGAGUGCGCUGGGCUCUCUGGGGAGGUCAGCCAGGCCCCUCCAAAGGUCCGACGUCUCCACUUCUACCCAUAGGCCUUACUGCUCAGUUUACAAUGACCCACCCAGACCCCUCCCCUAGAGGAACGGGUUUCUGCGGUCCACCCUCUGGGUCACUGGUUAUUUGACGAUGUGAUUUUAAUUUUUUUUUCUCUGUAAACUUUUAACCUGGCUCUUCCCCAUUUCAAUUCCUGUGAUUUAUGCCAAUAAAGUUUGCCAUUAUUUUGACCUGU